AUGGAUUUGGAGAAGGUGCGCAUUUCCCGGAAGAAGGUGGUCAAUAUUGUGUUUGUUGGGCAUGUUGAUGCAGGAAAGUCGACGAUAUGUGGGCAGAUCCUUGUGCAGAUGGGACUGGUGGACCAAAGGACACUGGAGAAGUAUAAACAGAUGUCUAGGGAGCAAAACAGAGAGAGUUGGUACUUGAGCUGGUGCUUAGACAUUAACCCUGAAGAGAGGGAAAGAGGGAAGACAACUGAGGUAGGGUCUGCAUCUUUUGAGCUUCCCCACCGAAGGAUAAAUAUACUGGAUGCACCUGGGCAUAAUCAGUUUGUGUUUGAGAUGAUAAAUGGAGCUAACCGGGCGGACGUAGGGAUAUUGGUAAUAUCUGCAAGAAUAAAUGAGUUUGAAGCAGGAUUUGAGAAGGGUGGGCAGACCAGGGAGCACAUCUUCCUUCUAAAGGCUGGAAGUGUCCAGAGAUUGAUUGUGCUGGUCAACAAGAUGGACGAUCCGAGUGUGAAGUGGAGCAAAGAAAGGUUUGAUGAGAUAAAAGACAAGGUCGGGUCAUUUGUUAAGAGGAUGUUUCCGUCACCCAUAUUCAUUCCUGUCAGCGGAUUUACUGGAGAAUAUAUUAAGGAGAAGGGAACGUGUUCAUGGUAUGGCGGGGACUCUUUUCUUUCGGAGCUGGACAAGAUAAAUAUUCCAAGGAAGCCUGACGCCCCACUGGCUAUCACUGUGACAGAAAAGGUGAAACUUAUGGGAACUACUGUUUUGUUUGGAAAAGUCGAAUGCGGAAAGGUAGUUCCCGACAUGGCAGUAAAGAUCCUGCCGCAGAAUACAAGGAAUGCCAUUUCAGCUAUAAUGGAUGAAGAAGAGGUUGAGAUCGAAGAAGGAGAGCCCGGGGAUGUUGUGAAAUUAAAGCUGAAGGAGGAAGCUGAUGAUGUUUCAGUGGGGAGUAAGAUACUUGAUGUCAAUAACAUGGACUAUAAGUCUACUCAGGAAUUCACCUGCGGAUUAAAUAUACUUGAUAGUGACACCAUCAUAAGUUCUGGUUAUACUUGUAUUCUUCAUGUGGGGAUUGUCACUGUUCAGUGCAAGAUAAAGGAGAUAAGAGACAUUAACAAUAAGAAAAUAAGGUUUUGCCGCCAUGGAAGCAAGGUUCUUGCUAAGAUUGUUGCUUCAUCACCCAUCUGCGUUUUCCACGGCAGCAGAGACGAGGACGAAAGACAGAGAUUUGCAUUGAGGCUAGAAAGUAAAACUAUAGCUGUUGGUGUAAUAAGAGCAAUAAAGGAAUAA